GACGCGCGUGCGCAAUGCGGGUAGAGGCAGCUGUAAAUGGCCGGCGGGAGGCUGAGCCGGUUGUGAAGAUGAUGGAGGACUCAAUGGACGAUCAUUACCUGGAGCUGAGUGAUACUCCCGUGCAGUUCGAGAAAGUGUCCACCGUCAAUAACGUCUUUUUCGAUGAAGCUAAUAAACAGGUGUUUGCUGUUCGAUCUGGGGGUGCUACUGGUGUGGUGGUUAAAGGGCCCGAUGACAAGAUCUGCAUCUCUUUCAG